AUGUCCACUCCAGUCUUGAAUGCCUACAGAAUCGCGACUAUCGGCUUCUCGGGCGUGCUAAGCUUGCUCUUUCUAAGCCAACUCUUCUUCAACUUGUUCCGCUUGAGCGUGCUCACUAGAGCAAUCUUUGGCCUGGUGCUUUCGGUGCUUCUAGGCUUGCUAGAGUUCAGGGAGGUGGGCCAGCUCGACAAGUAUGCGUCGUUUUACUACACGUACCCUGGUCGUGGUGCGCUUUUCGCAUUGCUAUUCGGGCUCUUGGACUACUCUGGAGCGUUUUCGAUCAUUGUUGGGGUGUUGCUCUGGCCUAUGAUAGGGGCGCAUGCGGUGUUGAGCGUGAGACCGGACCUUGGGGAGCCAGCGUACUUCAAGACGGCCAACAUUGCGUUGUCGACGGGUGAGGACGAGGGUGAUAUUGUGUGA